AUGGCAGGCAAGGUGCGUCACUGGGACAUGAUUAUUUACCUAGCGGCGAUGGUGGGUCUGAUUGUGGCGGCGCCCCAGUACAACUACGAGCCCCCUCAGGCGCCCUCUUCCCUCUACGAGACACCCCUGGAUGCCGAACCUCAGAACCUCGUCCCUGCAGUUGUCAGCCCGCCGAUGCAAGGAAUGCCGUACGACUUUACGUGGGGCGUCGAGGACGGCGACAGCGGCAACGCCUUCAGCCACGUGGAGAACAGCGACGGCCAGACGACCCAGGGCGAGUACCGCGUCCUUCUUCCCGACGGCCGCACUCAGGUGGUCAAAUUCUACGACAACGGCGACGGCUUCAACGCUGAGGUCACCUACGAGAAGUAAAGCGCCUCGACUGAACGCGCACGAACGUCAUUAAUCAUCUAUGUAUUUUUCUCAUGUGCGUUCUCAUUCAUCUAAUCUCAUGUGAGGUUUCUCUUUUUGAAUAAAAUCCAGUUUCAUUUGC